AUGCCUCUGAACGCGAGCGCCAUAUACCCGGCAACGGACCCCUCGUUUAUCUCUUUCCCAAGCCGGCGAAGCGUAGUACACAGCACGAAAGGAAUUGUCGCCUCCACUCAACCACUCGCUACUCAAGCUGGGAUUCGCAUAUUGAGAGAAGGAGGAAAUGCUGCGGACGCGGCAGUCGCAGUCGCAGCUGCGCUCAAUUUGACCGAGCCCGGCUCCACGGGGAUAGGGGGAGACAUGUUCUGCCUGUUCUACAACGCCAAGACGAAGAAAGUUCAUGCUCUCAACGGCUCCGGCCGUGCUGGCUCGAAAUGCACAUUGGAGACGAUACGAAAGAGCCUGGGAAUCGCAGACGGGGAGCCCGGCGCCAUACCCAUGGACAGCGUGCAUGCGGCCACCGUGCCAGGCGCGGCAGCUGGGUGGGUAGAUGCCGUUGAGAAGUUUGGUAGCGGGAAGGUGUCGCUGGAGCAGAUCCUUAUGCCAGCAAUCGAGCUAGCGGAGGAGGGGUUCCCGGUUUCAGAGCUCUCGGCAACUUUCUGGGAAGCAAGCGAGGGCGCGAUCUUGAGUGCCUCGCCAAACUAUGAAGAGAUGCUCAAGAAAGACACCUCAGCGCCAAAGGGCUGUCGUGCUCCCAGAGCAGGCGAAAUAUUCAAGAAUCCUGGCUUGGGGAAUACGUUCCGGUUGUUAGCCAAGCACGGCAAGAAGGGGUUUUACGAGAGCUCAGUGGCCGAAGAACUGAUCAAAGUCACGUCUGACCUCGGUGGAUACCUUACCAUGGAUGAUCUGAAGCACCAUGCAGAGACCGGGAGUGAGGAGGUGGACGCAAUAUCCCUCAAGUUUGGCGGCCAAGGCGUGCGCGAUUCCCACAACAAGCACCUGGACCACCCGAAUAGCGAAGGCGUUGAAAUAUGGGAGCAUCCACCAAACGGCCAAGGCAUCGUUGCCCUGAUGGCCCUCGGCAUGCUUCAGGAGCUCGAAAAGGCCGGCAAGAUCGGCCGCUGGAAGGCCACCGACCACAACAGCGCCGAGCACCUACACGCCGUGAUCGAGGUCCUGCGCAUCGCCUUCGCAGACGCCAGCUGGUGGGUCACCGACCCGAACGUGAAGAAAGUCCCCUCCGCCGAGCUCAUCUCCUCGGCCUACCUCGCCGAGCGGGCAAAGCUGUUCAAUCCGGAGCAGGCCACCGACACCGUGCAUCACGGCUCACCAGCCCACAACCACUCCGACACAGUCUACUUCGCCGCCACCGACAGCGAGGGCAACGGCAUCUCCUUCAUCAACAGCAACUACGGCGGCUUCGGCACGGCAAUCGUGCCUAAGGGCUGCGGGUUUACGCUGCAGAACCGCGGCGCGAACUUCAGCCUUGAUCCAGAGCACCCGAACAGGCUGGCGCCGAAUAAGCGCCCGUAUCACACUAUCAUCCCCGCGAUGAUUACGAACCCGAGUGAUGGGAGCUUGCAUACGGUGUAUGGCGUCAUGGGCGGGUUUAUGCAGCCGCAGGGCCAUGUGCAGGUUCUGCUGAAUAUGCUGGUGUUCGAGCUUAAUCCACAAGCUGCGCUCGACGCGCCGAGGAUUUGUAUCGGUGCGGGCAUGCCUGGAGCGGAUGGGAAGGUGUUCGAUCGGACGGUGUAUCUUGAGGAUGGGAUCAGGGAGGACGUUGUGAAGGGGCUGGAGAAGUUGGGACAUCAUGUCCAGGUCGUCAAGGGGUAUCAGAGGGGGUUGUUUGGGAGAGGCCAGGUUAUCAGGGCGCAUGAGGAGGAUGGACAGAUUGUGUAUAGUGCUGGGAGUGAUCCGAGGGGUGAUGGAGCGGCGAUGCCGUUGUAG